CUCUCUCUAGCUUCUUUUUUUUUCUAUUUUAAUUUCUUCUGCACUAAAUAUAUUCUCUCUAGUGUGUGAGAGAUGGGUUUGGGGAAGAAACUAGUGAUAAUGUUGGUGAUGGUGGUGAGUGUUUGUGGGGUGUCAAAGGGUGCAGUGUAUAAGGUUGGGGACUCAGCUGGAUGGACAAACACUGGACAUGUUGAUUACAAGGCUUGGUCCGCUGCUAAGCUCUUCCGUGUCGGCGACACCAUUUUGUUUGAGUACAACAAGCAAUUUCACAACGUGAUAAGAGUAACCCACAAGAAUUUCAAUGCAUGCAAUGCCACGGCUCCUUACUUCACCCUCAACAGCGGCAACGACUCCUUCACCAUCACUAGAGGCGGCCAUUUCUACUUCAUCUGCAGCCUUCCCGGCCACUGUGAAGCCGGCCAAAAGGUCGAUGUCCGUGUUCCUAAAACCACCAACACUACCGCUCCGCAUCCAACUUCAAGUCCUGCUCCUGCUCCUCACCAGACGCCACAAUCUCCGCCAUUGCCAUCACCAUCACUGUCACCAUCACCGCCAGUGCUGCUGUCACCAGUACCUGCACCGAAUGUGCCUGCCCCACAGAACAGUGCCUCUUCUCUAAGCAAAGUUUGGUUGUCCAUUGUGGUUUUAUCAUUUUCUGUUUCUGGUUUUGCUUAUUAGGAAUGUUUCUCUGAUUCGUGUUUCAAAAUCAAUCGUCUGUUUGGGAACUUUUU